UGUGGGAACUGCGCCUCCCAGCAGGCUCCGCGCGCGUCGUUGUCCUCCUCGCCCUCCCUCAAGGCCGCCUCUCUGUCCCAGUGUGUCCGCUAACCGCGCCACCAGAGUCCGUUGUCGCUCUCAUCGCCAUGCUGCCCGCCGCACUGCUUCGUCGUACGGGCCUGCGCCGCCUGGUACUCCAGGCGCGUGCUUACGCCGAGGCCGCUGCCGCACCGGCCCCCGCCGCCGGGCCCGGACAGAUGUCCUUCACCUUCGCCUCUCCGACGCAGGUGUUCUUUGACGGUGCCAACGUCCGUCAGGUGGAUGUGCCUACGCUGACUGGAGCCUUUGGCAUCCUGGCAUCCCACGUUCCCACGCUGCAGGUCCUACGGCCUGGGCUGGUGGUGGUCCAUGCCGAAGACGGCACCACAACUAAGUACUUUGUGAGCAGUGGCUCCAUCACUGUGAACGCCGACUCCUCAGUGCAGUUACUGGCCGAGGAAGCUGUGACGCUGGACAUGUUGGACCUAGGGGCAGCCCGGGCCAACCUGGAGAAGGCACAGUCGGAGCUGUCUGGUGCAGCGGAUGAGGCAGCUCGGGCUGAGAUCCAGAUCCGUAUUGAGGCCAAUGAGGCCCUGGUGAAGGCCCUGGAGUAGGCGUGUAAUGUCUGUCACCCACAGGGAAACUGAGGCAGGUACCAGCAGCUGAAAACUUGUUUCCUGAAAUCCGGACAGUUGGUUGCUGCUGAAGUUGCCACCAGAGGGCAGCAGUGCCUUGCCUGCCUUGGAGGUCUUUCCCCAGCCUUCACAGCCUGGGAUCCCCAUCGCCUGGGAGAGCUGGCACUGCUUCCCCCUCAGAGCCUCUUGGACAGUCAGCUUGCCCCAGCCUGCCUCCAUUAAACACCAGGAACCAACUGA